AUCAUGUGGACUGUUAGAAGAUAUACAUCACUUGAAAUGAGUUUGAAUGCUGUUGAAAGAGUAAGCGAAUUUUCUGAAAUUCCUCAAGAGGCUCCAGCUAUAAUUGAACCGAGACCACCUGCUUACUGGCCACAUAGUGGUGCAAUCACAGUACAAAACCUAGAAGUUAAAUAUGCACCAGAUUUAGAGCCAGUACUACAUCACAUUUCAUUUAAUGUGGAAGGUCAAGAAAAAAUAGGACUUGUUGGACGUACUGGAUCUGGAAAGUCAACAAUAGCAUUGGCAAUGUUUCGAUUUGUGGAGCCAUCAUAUGAAAAAAUUUUAGUCGAUGAAAUUGAUAUUUCAUCUGUUGGUGUCGAAGAUCUUCGGUCAAGAAUAACUAUAAUUCCACAAGAUCCUAUAUUAUUUACAGGUACAAUACGGUCAAACCUUGAUGCAUUUUCUCAAUAUGAGGAUAUAGAAAUAUUGGAAUCAUUACGACGUGUUCACUUAAUUCCUUCUGCAGAGGAUGUGGAGGCUAAUUCAUUUUCAGAUGAUAAUAUCAAUUUAUUUAAGAAUUUGGAUACACCUGUAAGUGAAGGUGGAAAAAACUUUAGUCAAGGGCAAAGGCAAUUAUUAUGUCUUGCUCGAGCUUUGUUAAGAAGGUCAAAGAUUAUAUUGAUGGAUGAAGCCACUGCAAGCAUUGAUUUUGCUAUGGAUGAAAAGAUUCAAAAAAUGAUAAGAACUGAAUUCGCUGAUUGCACGAUAUUAUGUAUUGCACAUCGACUACGUACUGUUAUUGAUUAUGAUAAGAUACUAGUUAUUGGUAUGAAAUAA